CCAUCGCGCCGCGUAGGCGCAGGAUCUCGGAACAUCGGAAAUGACGGUUAAGCAAGGUCAAAGAUCAGCCGAGGAAACGGAAACGCAAAAAGAGAGAAAGAGAAAGAGGAUUACUGAGUGAUUCCUCUGGGACUGGUGGCUCCCCAAAUAUCCCUCCCUCCCCAGCAUCGUGCUGACCAUGAGUGGUGCAGCAUUGGGCAUUGACAUUGUUGUGGUUUUCUUCCUGGCACUGCUGGUACUGUAUCGAUAUGCCGACUUCAGGAAGCAGCACAAACUUGUGAUCGUCGCCACGGUGUUAGCCUGGUAUCUCUGCUUCCUCAUCGUCAUUAUUCUGCCGCUGGAUGUCACCACGACUAUUUACAGACAGUGUAAGGUCGACAACUCUAAGAUAUCACCCACUGCUACCCCCAACUCCAGCAAAGCAUUCAUUGCCAACAAGAGUAACAGCACCCACAGUGUGCCAGAUUCCCAAGUGCUGCAGGAAUGCUUCAAGCCCUGGAGUUAUAUCCCAGAUGGAAUCUUGCCUGUUUUCUGGCGAGUGGUGUACUGGACCUCUCAGUUUCUGACCUGGAUCUUGCUGCCUUUCAUGCAGUCAUAUGCCCGCUCAGGUGCCUUCUCCAUCACUGGGAAGGUUCAGACUGCACUGAUUGAGAAUGCUGCCUAUUAUGGGACCUACCUGCUGAUCUUUGGGGCCCUCCUCAUCUACGUGGCUCUCCAUCCUGGGCUGAGGCUCGACAGGUAUCAGCUCCAAACCAUCGGCAUCACCGCUGCCAACACUUGGGGUCUCUUUCUGCUGGUGUUGUUAUUGGGAUACGGCCUGGUAGAAAUUCCUCGAUCCUAUUGGAAUGCAGCCACGCGCGGGUAUCUCCUCACUAAAACACAGUUCAAGGUGGCCAAACUCAUGACGGAGAAAGCUGAUGCUGAGGAGACUCUAGAGGAUGUGAUGGAGGAAGUGAGGAAGCUGAACGAGACGGUGAAAUAUAACCACCCUCUGAGAAAAUACAUCGACACCAUCCUGCGGAAGUGUCCCAUUGAGUAUCAGGAGAGAAUGGGCAGGAACAUGGAUGACUAUGAGGACUUUGAUGAGAACAGCAACAGCCUCCCAAGCGAGAAGAAUCUGGUCAAACUUCACAAACAAGUGAUCUAUGUGGUUCACAGACAGCAGCGGACUCAGGUGCAGUGGAAGCUGUUGUUGGAGGAUGCUUUCCAUCUCGAAGAUGUGGCCAAGAAUGAAAGUAGCGGCAGCCGCCAGUUUGUGCGUGCGCUACAGAGCUCGGAAAGCCAGAACUGGUUCACACAUUACAUCUACACACCCAGAGUGGAGUGGUACUGGGAAUGUUUGCUGCGUGGUUUGUAUUACAGGAUCCUGGCGGUGGUGCUGUCAGUUUUCUCGAUAAUCGUGGUCUGGUCUGAAUGCACUUUCUUCAGUACCAGCCCUGUCCUCUCGCUCUUCGCUAUCUUCAUCCAGGUGGCAGAGAAAACGUACAAUUACCUCUACAUUGAGCUUGCUUGCUUCGUCAGUAUCUUCUUCCUGAGUAACUGCAUCUACUCCACUGUCUUCAGGAUUCGUAUCUUCAAUUACUACUACCUGGCUCCGCAUCAUCAGACUGACGCCUAUAGUCUACUCUUCAGUGGCAUGCUGUUCUGCCGAUUGACACCGCCGCUAUGCCUGAACUUCUUGGGACUGAUCCACAUGGAUUCUGCAAUUUCACACCAGGCCAGAGAGCAGACAGCAUAUACCUCGAUUAUGGGCUCAAUGCGGGUGAUCUCCUUCAUCGCAGACGGCUUUUACAUAUAUUACCCUAUGCUGGUUGUCAUCCUCUGCAUUGCUACCUACUUCAGCCUGGGUACGCGCUGCCUGAACCUCCUUGGCUUCCAGCAAUUUAUGGGAGACAAUGAAAUGACAUCUGACCUUGUGGAUGAAGGGAAAGAGCUGAUUAAAAGAGAAAAGAGGAAACGACAGCGACAGGAGGAUGGGGAGAGUCGUCGGAGGGAAUGGAAGGAACGUUAUGGACACCAAAAAGAGGAGUUCACACGAAAUAGGAGCUCUCACUCUGAAAUACCUGAUUCACUACAUACAACAAAGCGCAGUACCAACCGAGUGGAAGGUAUCUCUCGAUGUCUCGCAGCCGGAUCUUUGACGAUAUCUGAGUGCCCAUGGGGGUCAGUUCCACAGAUCUGCAUCUGCUCAUUGAGCAUAACUCACCAUUCACGCUCACUAAAACAUCUGGGGUGUGGGAGGUUCUCUGUGGUGGGAAGGGGAGCGUCACCUGCUGCACCCUGUCUGCUUCCGACCCCAAAUUUCUUCUGACCACUGUAUAUUUCAGCCGAUUUAUCAGAUUAGAAUUCCCAGCUGGUAUUUUCAUCCUGUUUGUACCUUGACCAUCAACAAAAAAAGACAAUGUUCAUUUAAUUGCAGCUUGUGGGAUCUUCUUGUGCACAAAUUGAUUUCCUACGAUACUAGUGACUGGACUUCAGAAUGUUCUAAAAUGUAUGUGGCAUCUUGAGGCCAUGAAAGGUGCUUCAGAAAUGCAUGUUUUUCCACUGUUGGUUGGUGAACUCACCGUUUCUACAGGUCCUGCCCUCUGUCCCUUUGAUCCAGUUAUACCGAUAGAUGUCAGUUUAUCCUGCAGAAGCCCCUCCUUUCUGCUACUUUUGCACUUUUCUGCCCUUUGAACGAAGAUGCGUUUGGGGCCAAUGAUCAGAUUUCUGUGUUCACGUCUCUGGGUGUAAAGAAUCAUUGUAAUUUAUUGGGUGUAUUUAAUAAAUGGAGUGAACUGUUGAAGAACGCA